AUCAUGCUGGCGAAGGACGGGGCUGGGGCUGCGGCCAAGAGGGGUCCUGCGGGGCGAUGGUCCUGCGCUCCCGGGGUGCACGCCGCUGGCCGGCAGCCUGCGGAGCGCAGGCAGUAGACUGGCCUUCCCGUCGGGGGCGGGCCGGGCGGGGCGCGCGUCCUUCCCGGUAGCCGGUCGCUGGUGUGUUCCGCUCCGGACGCCGGUUUCGCUGGGACCCAGGUCCCCAAAGGUGCCACGAGGGGGGUGAGAUGAGGCGGACCUGACCUGACCUGGAACCCUCUCCUUGGCCACUGUCCUUUCUAAGGAACUCACCUUCCAGAGCCCACCUGCACAGACCUGCCAGGAGACCCUCUUAGGAGCUGAGAAAAUGGUGAUCUUCAGGCACCUCUCCCUGGUCGGGAAGGCCGCCCUGGCUGCCGGCACUGUCUUCGUGUCCAUGAUUAUCUCCCGCUCCUACCUGUCCGAGAGCCUCGAGGUCAGGGCCUGGCGUUGGCUGUUCCGCCUGCAGCUUGCCCUGUUUGCCAACUCGCUCAUGCUGAUUGGCUCCCUCUACAUCUGGCGUAGCAUUGUCAGCAACCUUGGCCAUGCCCCAGCCUCACAGUCGGCCUGUUUUCAUCUUUGGAAGAUGGCAGUCGUGGGCUUUCUGGCCCUGGCCCACUCCAGUUUCUUCACCAUGCUCUUUUUAGUGGCCGAGGAGCCCUAUCUCUUUUCCUUGGCCGCCUACUCCUGCCUCGGGGCGUAUAUCAUCAUGCUCUUCUUCCUCUGUACCCUCAGCGGCAUGGAGCAGGCCUACCAGCUCUUGGCCUGGCGCAGUGGUCGAGUCGUGGGCAGCCUGGACAAGACAAGGAAGCUGGCACUCAGGCCAGCCCUGGCAGUGGCCGUGACCGCCGUGCUCAGCAUAGCGGGGCUGCUGAAUGCUGCCCAGCCCCCGGUGGUGAAGACCGUGGAGGUGCCCGUCCAUCAGCUGCCCACCUCGAUGGACAACCUCAAGAUCGUGCUCCUCUCAGACAUUCACUUGGGCCCCACCGUGGGCAGGACCAAGAUGGAGAUGUUCGUGAGGAUGGUGAACAUGCUGGAACCGGAUGUCACGGUGAUCGUGGGGGACCUCUGCGAUUCAGAAGCCUCGAUCCUGCGGACGGCUGUCGCUCCUUUAGACCAGCUGCAUUCACGCCUGGGCACCUACUUCGUCACCGGGAAUCACGAAUACUACACGUCAGAUGUCAGCAACUGGUUUGCGCUGCUGGAGUCCCUGAAUGUCAGGCCGCUGCACAAUGAGAACGUGAAGAUUUCCGCCACCCGGGCCCAGCGUGGUGGCGGCGAGGAUGAUGACUGGAUCUGCUUGGCCGGCGUGGAUGACAUUGAAGCAGACAUCCUGCACUACUCUGGCCACGGAAUGGAUCUUGAGAAGGCGCUGGGGGGCUGCAGCCUGGACCAUACCACCAUCUUGCUGGCUCACCAGCCCCUGGCUGCCAAGAGAGCCCUUCAGGCUCGGCCGGAUAUUAACCUGAUUCUUUCUGGGCACACACAUGCUGGGCAAAUCUUCCCCUUGAAUGUGGCGGCCUAUCUCCUGAACCCCUUCUUUGCUGGUCUCUACCAGGUGGCUCAGACCACAUUUGUAUACGUCAGCCCAGGCACGGCCUACUAUGGGAUCCCCAUGAGAUUGGGGAGCAGGGCAGAGAUCACAGAGCUCAUCCUGCAGCGGGCUCCUUGAGCCUGGCCCCGCCCUCAUCCUCUGCCCUUGCCCUCAUUCUCUGUCCCUCUUCAGGGUGGGUUGCCUGCUUUGCGCCCUCCAGCCUUUCCUGCCCAGCCCUGCUGACACACCCUGGCCACAGGCUGGUUGGAACAGUGAUUUGUGGUGGGGCUGCCUGGCAGGUUAGCUCUGUAGAUGGCCAGUUGCUUUCUUAU